AUGUCCGAUGCAACAUCAACGUCGGUGAUUGCGGGCGAAUGGGCUCUGCUAUCUCUAGCCCUGGUCCUUGUUGCUGCUCGUGUGUUUGCCCGCAUACACCUUAACAAGGACAAACUCCAUCUCGCCGAUAUCUUCCUCCUAGUGGCGUCCGCUUGUGCAUUGGCGUUGGUUGUAUGCGACCAGCUGGUAUACAAUGUCGGCACCAUGCACAACUUCGAAGAUCCGGGGACAUAUACGCUACUAGUACGCUGUCUUGGAUCAUCCUUACUAGCCACCUUCGCUAAAGACUCGACGCAGAUCAGGUUUACUGUGAAUUACUGGUUUGAUUUUGGGAUGUACUUCCCCAAGUUCAGCAUCAUCUCCUUUUACUACACGCUCGUCCCGCGCACACAACCUCGAAUGCGACAAGCGCUAUAUGCCCUCACAGCCAUUACGGUGGCAAGUUCUCUUGUGACUUUCUUCGACGCGACGCUCUGGUGCGGAACGAAUAUAAAAUCCAAUUGGUCAGAGGCUCCCGAUUCUUGCAAAGCCUACGAUUCAAUGGUCAUGAUGCGCAUCCACUGGUCACUAAACUUCACCACAGAAGUAUUGAACGUCAUAUUUCCUUUCCCUCUGAUUCGAGACCUCAAACUCCCCAAGUUCAGAGAGAAGGUUGGCUUGGCUGCAAUAUUGGGACUCGGCAUAAUUACCAUCGCUGUCAGCAUCGGCCGAUUUGUCAAUAUGGCCAUUGUGGGCAAUGGCUUCUCAAAUUAUUUAUGGGCUACAUCUGAGCUGUGUGUCUCGAUUAUGGUUGUUGCACUCACAGCUCUGAGACCGCUGCUCCGAAAGAUAGCUCGUCUGAUCAACGCAACGAACAGCGACAGCGACUACAAGUACGGAAGGACCUCUGCCGGCUUGCACACAAAGACCGGCCGAUCGAAGCCAACACACACCCAGGGCUCAGGCGUCUACUGGAGGACUUACAGCGGUCCUGGUACGACUAAGGAUGGUGCGGCUGAGAGCGAGGAGGAGCUGCGAGGCAUCAAGACGAAGAAUCAUGUGAUAAAGACGGAGGAGAUUCAGAUAUUAACUGAAGACGCAAGAGCUGAGCAUUCCAAAAAGCCCCUGGGUACCGAGGUAUCAGUAAUGGCAUGA